AGAAGGACGGCUCCUAUCGAACCCGGGACCAACUCACUUCCAAAUGGAGCCACAUCAACAAAAAAGUCCGAAAGUUUAUGAGAGUUUACGAGGAAUGCUCCCGGUCCCGGAGGAGCGGCACGAACGACGCCGAUGUUCUCCGGCUUGCCACGACCCGGUAUCAAGACGACAGGAACCAAGGCAAGGUGCCCAUCGAUCUUUGGAGGAUUUUGAGUCGUUCCCCAAAGUGGAAACAACUCAACAAUUCCGACGGCGAAUUGUUCCGGAAAAGAUCCACCGUCGACGCCGAGGUUGAGGUCGACGAGACUAUCGGUUCUACCGAUCAAAUCCCUCCCUUCAACGUUGCGGAUUCCGACGACGAAGACCCCAUUCCACGGCCGAUCGGAAGAAAGAAGGCAAAAUCCAUUGCCUCUGGUUCGGGAGGGUCCGCCUCUGUUUCCGCUUCUCCCCGCGACGAAAUCGGCCUGGCAAUGGUUGAACAACUUCGGACGUUCAAUCUCCAGGAACAGGAGAGGUUGAAGCUAAAGGAGAAGGAGUUGAAGAUAAAGGAGCAAGAGGCCGAGAUGAAAUUCUCCUGUGGGUUUGAUGACAGAGGUAACAUCACAAUCGCAAUGUCUAGAUGGAGUACUCGAAAUAUAGAGGUGAUUGACCUGGGUCAUUUAUCGGAUGAUGGAGGAUUUCCUGGCCCCCUAAUCUCAUACCACGAGCUUGAAGCUUCAUUGGGAAAGAGGAUUUUUGCACGAGAUUUAUAUUUCUUUGACGGCUUCAAGUACAUGGUGGUUUUCCCACAGGUGCUAGAAGGGGAUCGUCCAACCAAGAAUCAUAUGUCUUCAGUUUUCCGGGUGUUCAAGAAAUUGUGGCGUGAUGCUGGGGAAUUCAUCGUGGGUAACAAGGUUCUUGGUGUUGGCCUUCUGGGGGUGCUCUGCCUAGGUGUUGUGAAGAGUGUGAAAUCUUAGGCAGUGUUUGGCUUGUGGGGUUGAUAACUGGGUCAGUAUAGUUUACUUUUUUUUUUUUUUUUAAUAAUGUCUGCAAAGUAGCUAUACAUCCAAGAGCCAUUUGGAUGUAACUCUUUAACCUCUUUCAUAGUCAUUUUAUUGUGCAAUGGAAUGUCUUGAAUGACCUUGAAAUUUACUCAUAUUGGUAUUUUAGAUGGAGCUGACAUUGCAGCAGACCCUCUAAAACAAGCUUUUAGUUAAUAUCUUUCAUACUAUUUUAUUCUUUCUGUUUGUUGAGAGGGACAAGUUGGAGGGGAAAAAAUAUCGGUGCAUUAU